AUGAAACCAACAACCACCCUCCUCCUCACCGGUCUCCUCGCCCUAGCCACCGGCACCCUCGCCGAUAAAACCUGUACCCCGAGUUUCGAUUACUGCGCCAAUAAGCUGUUGAGUUCGAAGGGAUUCACGGAGAAUGACCUCAAGACGGCGCUGCAGGGGACGGGGCUGGAGAAUGAUGAUCUAGCGGAUAUACUGUUCCAUUGCAAGAAUCCGGGGGAUGUGGGGCAUGCGCAGCUGUGUGCCGGGGGUUGUAAGGAUCCGGCGACGGAGGGGAGUCAUGGGUGUUCUGGUUGA